GAAGCUCUAUGAUGAUAAAAAGACACAUAUCAGCACCCGUGUUGCAGGCACAAUUGGGUACCUUGCCCCGGAAUAUGCCAUGCGUGGCCGCCUUACUGAGAAGGCUGAUGUAUUUAGCUUCGGAGUCGUUGCCUUGGAGAUUGUCAGUGGUCGGCCAAACUCUGACUCAAGCUUGCAACAAGAUAAGAUAUAUCUUCUUGAAUGGGCUUGGCAUCUCCAUGAGAAUAAUCGCGACGUUGAUGUGGUGGAUGAACGUCUAUCAGAUUUCAAUAAGGAUGAAGUGAAACGGGUGAUUGGGGUAUCGCUUUUGUGCACCCAAGCAUCCCCCUCAAUGCGGCCAUCAAUGUCUCGCGUGGUGGCAAUGCUUUCAGGAGACACUGAAGUACCAACUGUUACUUCAAGGCCCAGCUACCUCACCGACUGGAAGUUUGAUGAUAGAACCGGCUUCAUGACUGACAUUCAUGGUUCCCAAACGGCAGGUGAUUAUUCAUCAGUGGCUACUACAAGUGUGACAACAACAGAUUUAAAUUCUUCACCGCUAGAUGCAUCUGGGCCUAUGCUUCGUGAGAUCAUUAGAGAGGGUAGGUAGGCAGCCAGGUGCCCAGGUGACAUGAUCACAGUUUCUGCAAUCGCAUUACCAACAAAGUUGUUUGUUUUUCAGCUUCAUGGCAAUAUCGCUCUCAUCUCUAUCUAUAUUAAACCAAAAUGAAGUAUUCUACCAACUUCCCGCCUAGAAGACACGACGUCGUUUAGCAGGUUUCCGAAAAUUGAUUAUAUUUUGUGUUAAAAAACGUGUUAACUUAUCAGUAUCCAACAAACAAUUUUAAGAAAUCUUUUUGUUUA